AUGGAAGAAGCCCAAAGCCAAAGUUUGGAGGAAGAUUUUGAAGGGCAAGCCACCCACACAGGACCUAAAGGAGUAAUACAUGAUUGGAGAAAGUUUAAAUUAGAAAGUGAAGAUGGUGAUUCAAUCCCACCUAGCAAGAAGGACAUUCUCAGGCAAAUGUCUUCUCCUCAGAGCAGAGAUGACAAAGACUCAAAAGAAAGAAUCAGCAGAAAGAUGAGCAUUCAAGAAUACGAACUUAUCCACCAAGACAAAGAGGAUGAAAAUUGCCUUCGUAAAUACCGGAGACAGUGCAUGCAAGAUAUGCACCAGAAGCUGAGUUUUGGGCCUAGAUAUGGGUUUGUGUAUGAGCUAGAAACAGGAGAGCAAUUUCUGGAAACAAUUGAAAAGGAGCAGAAGAUCACCACCAUCAUCGUCCACAUAUAUGAAGAUGGUGUGAAGGGGUGUGAUGCCCUCAACAGUAGUCUAAGCUGCCUUGCAUCAGAAUAUCCUAUGGUCAAAUUCUGUAAAAUAAAAGCUUCUAAUACAGGUGCUGGGGAACGCUUUUCCUCAGAUGUCCUCCCCACACUGCUAGUCUACAAAGGCGGGGAACUCAUAAGCAACUUUAUUAGUGUCGCUGAACAGUUGUCUGAAGAGUUUUUUUCUGGUGAUGUAGAGUCUUUCCUAAACGAAUAUGGAUUACUACCUGAAAGAGAGAUUCAGGCUCCUGAGCAGACCAACAUGGAAGAAGAUAUUGAGUAA